GAUCCUAGGUCGACGCUCAACCACUGAGCCACGCCCGGGUGAGCUAAAUUUUUUAGUUUAAAAGAGCACAGAUUGUAAGUAUACAAGUCGGUGAACUAUCACAAAUGAUAAAAUUAUUUGAUAAUUUAAAAAAAUAGUUAUUUUUACUGUUUGGAAUUGUAGGGUAAACAAUUUAGGUAAAUUUUAAACAAAAAUAGUAAUUUCAUGUAAAAAGUAUCUGGGAUUUAAAAAUUGUCAACAAGUAUCUCAAAGUCAUUACUGAAAUAUAGUUUUUGGUUCAUAGUUUGAAAAUGUUAUCCUUGACUUCUGGUAUUAAAUUUUUUUACAUUGUUCAAGUAAUCCUGAAUUUUUGCUCAUGGGAAGAGAAAAAUACUACUAAAAUAUAUACAGAGAGGUGAAAAUCAUCAUCCUAUACACACCUACCAAGUCUUCCUCUAGAGCUACCACUUCCAGUUUAGUAUAUAACUUCCCACAUCUUUCUCCAUGCGUACACCUUUACAACAAUUUUACUUAUUUUUAACAUAAAUGAGGGGUCUGUUUUACAGUGUGUUCCAUGGCUCACCAUUUCACACUGUCUUGGAAAGCUUUAUGUCAUUACAUUAUAGACAGACUUCAUUCUUUUUUACUGCUGUAAUUUCUUUAAAGGUCCCCUAAUGAUGGAUACUUGUUUCCAGUUUUUUGCUUUUAUAAAAAAUUUCUACAGUGAGUAUUCUUGAACAUAUUUUUGUUAACUCGUCAAUAAUAGUUCAGUAAGGGUUUCUUAUUGACUAGUACUUUCUCUGUACUCUAGACAUUACUGUGUUAAUUAUAUGUGGCAGAUACUUUCUCUCUGUGCAUUUAUCUUGGUGGUUUUUGCCAUAUAAAUGUUUUAAGUAAUUAUGUAGUUUGUUAACCUUUUGUUACUUGUUUCAUGGAUUCUGAAUUUCUGAAUUAUUUAUAUUCAUUUCCAGAGAUAUUUUCACUUCAAUUUUUAACUGUCAUUGUAAAACACUUUUUUUUGUAGAACUGUGUAAAUGAUGGCAAAAUGUAUUCGUAUGUGAUACAUUCUGAUGACAUGUAGUAAUCACAUAAGGAACAGUGACAAUUUUGAUGAUCAAUUUCAGAGUUAUAAAAUAAAUGUAAUAAAAUCUGGAAAAGCAUUUUGGGUUUUGUGUUAUUUAUGGAAUCACUAUAGGUAGUUUUUACUAUUAAUUCAUUUUUUACAAGUAAUAUGCUAAGCACUGAAUGAUGGCAGUAGUAUACAAGUAAGUAAUCCCUUUCAUUGUGAGUACUUUACACAUGAUGGCUUCCCCAGUUACCAGAAAUUUCUCCAUCUCCAUGUAGCUGCUGCUAGGAGUGGCCCUCCACUUAUUUUGCUGCUAUCCAGUGCUGGAUUACCCAACAAAUAUACUAAGCCCUUAGCAAAGCAAGGUUCAAAAGUAAAAAAAAAUCAGCCUUAUCCACAAUUUUGCAAUUUAAAAUUUUUAAAGUUUUUUUUAUUUUGUGCAUGUGUAUGCAUGUGCAUAGUGUUGCAUACUAUACAGACGUAGGGAGAGGAAUCAGAAUACAAGCGUAUUCAAGUAUUUGGAGCCUCCAACUUGGCUCUGUGGCUAAUUACUCCACCUUUUUAUCUUGAUACCCCACAACUUGGGUUCUUGAAACUUGGGCUGAUUUUGUCCUACCUCCAGUAAUUUCCUGUGGAAGUAGCUGAUAAUUUUUCUGCUGCUUCCCUGUAACAGGAGGGAAUACCCUUAUAGGAGGUGCCAUGAAGCCAGUAUCUCAUAGACCCUAUCAUCAGCUGCCUUCUACUCUCUACCCUCUCUUCGAACCUGAUUGGCACGGAUUGAAAAAUUAAAACUUUGCUGUUUCUCUUCCUCCCCUUGUCGGUAGGGGAGAUUUGUAGAAGAGAGUAAUACUUUCUUACAUCUUAGAGUAAUAUCUCAUUGGGGACAAAUGGCAAGGGAAAAGAAAGAUUUUUCGUUUCUGAAAGGACUAGAACAUUUACAGCUCAGCAAAUUUGCACAAGUUUUGUAAUGAUUAAGCUAUAUUAUAUAUUAACUAGAUUUCUGAGUGCAUUUGCUAACUUAACCACCACAUAUACCUACUUAUAACUUGAAAUUUGCCUUUAAAGUUACAAAAGCACAAGGCACUGUAGUGCUUGUAACACUCUUCCAUAUUAUUGUAGGUGACUAAAUGACCAUGGAAUCUGGAGCAGAGAACCAGCAGAGUGGAGAUGCAGCUGUAACAGAAGCUGAAAACCAGCAAAUGACAGUUCAAUCCCAGCCACAGAUUGCCACAUUAGCCCAGGUAUCUAUGCCAGCAGCUCAUGCAACAUCAUCUGCUCCCACCGUAACAUUAGUACAGCUGCCCAAUGGGCAGACAGUUCAAGUCCAUGGAGUUAUUCAGGCGGCCCAGCCAUCAGUUAUUCAGUCUCCACAAGUCCAGACAGUUCAGUCUUCCUGUAAGGACUUAAAAAGACUUUUCUCCGGAACUCAGAUUUCAACUAUUGCAGAAAGUGAAGAUUCACAAGAGUCAGUGGAUAGUGUAACUGAUUCCCAAAAACGAAGAGAAAUUCUUUCAAGGAGGCCUUCCUACAGGAAAAUUUUGAAUGACUUAUCUUCUGAUGCACCAGGAGUGCCAAGAAUUGAAGAAGAGAAGUCUGAAGAGGAGACUUCAGCACCUGCCAUCACCACUGUAACGGUGCCAACUCCAAUUUACCAAACUAGCAGUGGACAGUAUAUUGCCAUUACCCAGGGAGGAGCAAUACAACUGGCUAACAAUGGUACAGAUGGGGUACAGGGCCUGCAAACAUUAACCAUGACCAAUGCAGCUGCCACUCAACCGGGUACUACCAUUCUACAGUACGCACAGACCACUGAUGGCCAGCAGAUCUUAGUACCCAGCAACCAAGUUGUUGUUCAAGCUGCCUCUGGAGAUGUACAAACAUACCAGAUUCGCACAGCACCCACUAGCACCAUUGCCCCUGGAGUAGUUAUGGCAUCCUCCCCAGCGCUUCCUACACAGCCCGCUGAAGAAGCCGCACGGAAGAGAGAGGUUCGCCUAAUGAAGAACAGGGAAGCAGCACGAGAGUGUCGUAGAAAGAAGAAAGAAUAUGUGAAAUGUUUAGAAAACAGAGUGGCAGUGCUUGAAAACCAAAACAAGACACUGAUUGAGGAGCUAAAAGCACUUAAGGACCUUUACUGCCACAAAUCAGAUUAAUUUGGGAUUUAAAUAUCACCUGUUACGGUGGACAAAGAACUGGCUUGGCCACAACCAGAAAGACAAAAUAAACAUUUUAUUUUCUAAACAUUUCUUUUUUUCUAUGCGCAAAACUGCCUGAAAGCAACUACAGAAUUUCAUUCAUUUGUGCUUUUGCAUUAAACUGUGAAUGUUCCUACACCUGCCUCCUCUUCUCCCCUCAAGAAAUUUUCAGCACCAGGAAUCAUGAAGAGACUUCUGCAUUUCAUCCCCCACCCUCCUCAAGAAGUAAUUGGUUUACUUGUAAAUUGACGGGGGAAAUGAGGAAAAGAAAUUUUUUUUUAAUGAUUUCAAGGUUUGUGCUGAGCGCCUUGAUUGCCUUAGGGACAGAAUUACCCCAGCCUCUUGAGCUGAAGUAAUGUGUGGGCCGCAUGCAUAAAGUAAGUAAGGUGCAAUGAAGAAGUGUGAUUGCCAAAUUGACGUGUUUCCACAUUUUCAUUGUGAAUUAUGUAAAAUCGUUAAAAGACAUACCCCCUAAAGAAUUUUAGUAUGGUGUUGAAGAAAGUAAGAAUGAAUUUGGAGUGCUUUCUAUGUACAUUCUCUUCAAUACUGAAAACUUGUCCUUGAUUCUUAAAAACAUUCUGUAUUAACUGCAGCUCUUCCAUAGGGCAGUUGUUGCUUCUUAAUUCAGUUAUGUAUGUGUUCAACAUUUUGAAUACAUUAAAAGAAGUAACCAACUGAAUGAAAAAAGCAUGGUAUUUUAAUUUUAAAUUAAACUGAAGUAAAUAUAAGUACAAAGUUUGUUUUAGUUAGUACUAAAUUCUUAGUGAAAAAAUGCUCUACUCAAACCAGCCCUCUGAGUUAUAUAACAAGGUUUUUAAAUAAAUGUUUUUGUCAUCGCCUUCAAAAAUAUUUAUAUUGUCACUCAUUUACUUAAAAAAUGUUUCCCAAUUAAACUGUUCCCAUUUGCACUUACAUUAUACCACCAACAGGAAAGCCUUCAAGAUGUUAAGCAGAGUGGUAUGUUUAUAAAAUGUUGUGUUGUAGAAAAAUACUUAUUUUAAAUCUUUUCCAUAUUAACAUACUUUAACAGAGUAUCUGUAGUGAACUUUUUAAUGAAGUUGUAAGGAUAUAGCUCUGAAAAGUACACUAUUAGAUAUGACAAGGAAAGUAAUUUUCUUCAGACAUGUUCGAAUGACUGCUGUACUACAGUAUUUGGAUUAUCGUUCUUGCAAACAUUUGUUUUCUUCUAAAAAGGAUAAUUAUGCUUCAGGUUUCCAAUAUGCUAUAUAGUCUUUGUCAUUCUAUAAAGGAGAUACCUUUUUUACUCCUGACUGUAACAGUCUGUGUUGGUAUGUAUCAUACAUUGUUUCCAAUACUACUUUUUAGUACUCAUUUUAUUCACUAAACCUGAUAAAUCUAAAAGUUAUCCUUUAAAAGAUAAAACUAAAGGAAAAAUAAGUCUACGGUGGAUUUUAAGAAUUGGAGACUGACAUAAUGUUAGCUAUAAUUUCUCAUUUGAGAAGGUUAUUUCUUUUAGAAGAGAGUCUAGAAAAUUAAUGUUUUAUAUUUAGUCAUGGGUUAUUUUUUUAAAGUUUACUUUGUUAAUGUGUUAAAAUAUGCAGAUGGGUGUUAAUUACUAGGUCCAUUUUGAAAAGUAAGAUUUUAAAUUAAUAUUUUUAAAUGGUAUAUUUUUGUUUGUAACAAACCAUUGUCUUUUUUCAAGGAUGAACAGAGUUUAUGAAGGAGCAUCAUUCUAGGAAUUGAGUGAUGUAGUAUAUUUGGACAAUACACCAGAUUCUCAAGAAGGCUUUCAAACGACUGUAAUGGUUGAUGUUUAUCCUGCUGAGCUAAUGGGGAAAGUUAUAGUGUAAAAAUUAUUUGUAUAUCAGCAUAGAGAUGUCAUUUUCCAAAACUGGUUUAACAGAAACCAAGCAAAAUCACAAAUCUGUUCACCAACUAGAAUUCUUUCAUAAUGAAUCAAAAUGUCAAAGUGAACAUUUUGAAUGUUAUAAGCUUUAUAAAUGAAAAUUGUCUAGAUUUAGCAAGUUGUAAACUGAAGUUAUAUGUUUUUCAAAAGUUGGAGCUUUCUGUUUAAUUAGAAAUUUGGUGGUCCCCAUAGUCCCUGAUAAAUCAAGGCAGUCAUUUCCAUAGUAGCUGGUUGGAUUUGUAAGUUAUAAAGACGGUCCUUUGUACUUUGAGGAUGGUUGCACUGGUUUGAAGUCAGUUACUUAAUGCUGAGGUAACAUGUAUUCUGUUGCUAAAUCUGUUGUAGACCCUUGGAGAGACUUGAAUAUUUCAGUUUAUACAGAUAGAAAUUAAGCAUCUUUUGAGCAGACUUUGUUGUUUUUUUACAAGAAUUGGGGGAAAGGUGUUAGUUUUUAAGCAUGCAACUUUGAGAUUUUUUAUUAAGAAAAUGACAUAAUUAAAAAAACACCUGUAGCCAAGAACAUAUGUGGCCAUGUUACCGGUAAUAAUUGUUUUUUUUCUCUUCGUAUUGGCCAAAAGGGAAUGAAAAUGUCAUCAUAGGAAUCUGUACAUAUGCUACUGAUUUGUCUAGAAAAUAGUUUGUUAUCACUUUGCAAACAUAGGGCCAUGUGGCACUUUUAUCUAUAGGACAGAUUAAUAAAAAUGAAGUGGGAGGGGGUUUAUUUUUGAUAUUACUCUUAUUAAUUUUCAAGUUUUGAUAGUGUUUAACUGAAAAGUGGUUUAGAAAGGGCUAGAUCCAAUGUGUUCACAUUAAAAAAUUGAUAUCAGAUGUAAUUCUAAGUUCAUUCUUUUUCAAACUCAAGUACCAUAUUGGCAACCAUAAUAUUGUCAUAGGUGCUCUGUUCUUUAGAUAUUCUUGGGGAGGGGGGGUGGCAUUUGUAUAAUAUAUGUGUACAUAUAUAUAUAUACAUACAGUAUAUAAUCUGAAGCUCUGAGAGCUCUUAAGUCAGGAAUGCUGAGUAUUAUAGUAUAUUGAGGUCAGAUGAAAUUUUACAUUUUUGCGUGUUCUAUUGCAUAUCUUUUGGUAGUUUCUUGGACUGCAUUACUCCAGCACUCAUGAUUGAUUUUUGUUUUUAAUUUUCUUCCAAGUGUUUUUUGUUUUGUUUUGUUAGUUUUCUUUGGCUUGAUACUUUUAAAUAUGUUACUAGUCACUUGAAAACUCCCCUCCACCCCCCAAAGUAUUUGGUUUUUAUGCUUUGUCUCUGGCAGCUAUAACAGUGGUAAGAACAUUUUAAAGAUAACUUUUAAGAGGUACCACUGGUAUUUCAGAAAUCAUCCUGGGGGAGGAAUUUCGGUAUUUUCAUUUGAGCAGGGAUUUUGUCAGAAAAUGUGUUUUGAUGGUAGGUCAGCAGCAGUGCUAGUAUCUGAAAGCACAAUACCAGCCAGACAGGCUGUCCAAUCAGAAGUCAUCUGGCUGAAGUUUAUCUCUGUCUCUCAGGCCUAAUCCCUACUAUCAUUUUGACCAUUUGGGUGACAUGUGGAAUCAUACAAAGGCUUAGGAAGAAACAAGUUUGUUUAAACCAGGAUGCUUUUACUUACUUGAAGUGACUUCAAUCUAGAUUUCUCCUUUUUAUUUUUAAUAUAUUUUAAAUUCUGUGAUCAGCUACAGUCAGCAUAAAUUCGUCUCUAUUUUGAAGAUCAAAAAGGCUGCUUCAUUUUGCAGGAUUAAAUAAAGUUUAUAUCUUAAAGUUAAGAUUUUGAAUUAAAGUGCGUUUUAGAAACAGUGGUUAUAUACCUUUUCAGUUAUUUUCAAGGGGCUUUAUUUUAUUGCCUUUGUAGCCCUGAAAACUGGUGGUAUAUUGUUUCCCAUGACUUAAUACAAAAGUUGUAUAUUUGUCUGGAUUGUAUUUACAUUAUAUUGUUUGUAAAUGUUUGGUGUAACUUGCACUUUUAAAAAUGACCCAGUUUGGUGUUAGCAACUUGAGAAAUUCCCGCAUCAAUUAAUUGUCAACAGGCUUUUUAUGUCUUUCUCCUUUCUUCAAAUAAUGGGACUUCUUUUAAAUGAAACUUUUCAUUGAUUGAAAUAUUUUAGCCCCUAAAGGAUAGCCUUGUAAUUGUAAAAGAAAAACAUUAAGAAAUUAAAUUUGACCAGCCCUGUUAGAAGAUGGGCUGGACCCUUAUUCUUUUUCAUCAUGAAUAGAGAUAGACAGAAAAGCAACUCAAGUGAGAAUUUCCAGCUUUGAAGGAUACUUGUCCUCACCUCGACAUUAAUACUGUCUAUAGGAUUCCGAUGUCCAUGGAUAUGUCCAGAAUGGUAAGAGAAUUUUCAAGGCAAUUAAUUAUUGUCAUAGUGGAGACCACAUGUAUUCAUUUGACUAAAUUUAUUUCACUUAAAAUUGGCCUUGUUAACAUCAAAGAGAUGCUGCCUAAAUUUGACUGAUUUAGAUGAGGGAGAAAGUGAAGUGUGCUUUAGUAAGCCUGUAGGUGAAGAGUUGUGGGGUAAAUUUGCUCACUCAGUUGUACAAAGCACAACUAGAACUUUGAGUGGCUUACCUACAUCUUGAAUAUUUUUAAUGUUGAUGUGUUGACUUUUUUAAGUUGACUGCACAGUCACUGUAUGUACUAGGAACUGGUUUCCUUGACUUUCUAGAAUCAAUGGUGAAGAGAGGCACUAAUCCCUGCGGGAUUGAACAUGUCCUGAAGCUGAGUCAGUAUGGAAGAAUUUCAAAUAAAUCAAACAGGGUGCUGAAGUUCCAUCUGUCUCAUGCUUAGGACAAGUUCUUACUGAUUAGUGAAUGUAGCUUAAGCCUUUGUAUGUGUCCUCAGGGGCAGACAGACUUCAAGAGGGACCAGAUAACGAUUGAAUGGAGGGAUUAUAUUUCAGGUGUUUUAGCUUGAAAUUUAUUUUUUAAAAAAAUUAAAAUAUUAAAAAAAAAAUAGAACAAAGCCUGUGAAGCAAAAUUGAUGUAAAACAGGCAGAGUUGUUUAGCACAGAGAGAAAAUAUUGACCUGUCUGCAUUCUGGUACUGUGGGUGCAGGUCCUAGCUUGGUAUAACAUGAUACAUUUUUAAUUCUCACCAGCAAGAAAAAGGAAAAUGUACAAUCUUCAGGAAAUGUGUUUGAAAAGGGUCAAAUAGUAGGAAAUUCAAAUGUUACCUACUUUAUACAGGCAUUAUUUAAUCCUUUCUACAGAAGUAUAGCAUUUCCAAGCUUCUGUCUUGAGAAACAUCUCAGAGCUGUGACAGUAAGUCUGAGAUAGUUGAAAAAUUGGUAGGGAAGGAAGAAAAUCCCUGUAGAUUGAUCUUACGUUAGUUGGCCAAGUGAUACAAUCUAGCAUUGUGUUUGGGAGGUUUUAUUUUCUUAUGUUUUUAAAAUUGAAUUGGUAAAUGCUUUAUAGACAUAAUUUUAUCCAGAUGCCACUCCAAUUUGUGUGUGUAAUAAAAUUAUAUUAAAAGUGGGAAAUAAUUUGUCAACAUAUUUCUGUGAUUAUUGAUUUAUUGGGGGUGGCAAAGAAGAGUGCUAGUUAGCAGUUUUCCAUGUCAAGUUGUCUCUGACUAAUGUGUCCACGUCAGUUGUCAUCCCCACCCCAAAAAGGAAUGCGUAACCUAGAUGUAUCACUUGAAACUUUUUAGAAACAAUAAUCAGGGAAGUUCCUAGAGAGAAAGGUGUUUGUUUUUUUUUUUUUUGGUUUUCCCUUGAGGAUUGGGGUAACAAAUACCUCCCCCCAAAAUUAUCAGCACAAAACAGGGUAUUGAUUUUCAACUCUGAUGUUGCUACUGGAGUUGAAUACUAAAUAAAGAACUAUAAUGAGGAAAAUGCAUUUCUAGUACAGUUUCCUACAUUCUAGAAACAUCCCUGUUUUAAUUUUUUUACAUAAAUCUUUUUGUGCUUUAUCUGUGUAAAGAAAAAAUGUACUGAGUUAUAAAGCAUUGUAUUAACACUAUGUACAUAUUAGCUGCUUUGUGUUCCGAAUGGUAGCAUUGCUUUGUAUAUUAAAGUGAUCCUUGUGAAUUUGUGAAAUAUUGUCAUAAAGUGCUUUUUCUUACUGUAAUCUUUGUGGUAAAAACUGUCAUAAUGCCCUUUUACACACAUUUAUGUGCAGUCACAUAAACAUGCUUUUAAAAACUCUAAGUCUCUUUUUUUGGGAUGGGACCUUUGUAUCUUGGUUUUUGCUAGUAGUGUUAAAUCUUUUUUUUCCCUUUGACUUAGGUUUAUUGCUUUUGUUAAAUGAGCAAAAGUUACGCUGGAAUAUAUCAUAGGCUUGUGUUGCACAGCAACAGAAAACUAAUUCAAGCAACAAAAACAUAUCUUCAGUUAGUUUCACUGUCUUCCUAAUUUUUAGCACAAGAUCUUUUUGUUCAGUAAGAUUGAACAGUGCCUAUUUGGAGAUGUCACUGAGACAACUAAGGGGAGACAUAUGACUAGCUGUCUCAAUGUCAUAAAAUUCAUGUUUGUAUUGGAACAGUAAGAAUUGAUUUCUCAGGUCCCCUUAUAAUCUGAAGCUCUGUGAUCAUAUAAAAGGAGGGAGUGUGGUUAAUCUGCUCUUUGCUUAAAGCAUAAGAAUAAAAGACUCAUACUAUUGA